AUGGACAAGCAGUGGUUUCCUGCAGCUGGAAUUCUCUUGGCUGCCUUUUUAGUAGGCUCCGCUUCUACCCUUCUUUCUACUCAUGAAGCCCAUGACCAGUUUCCUGCAGCCUCUGGCACAUCUGCUCGGCAGAAUAACAGCAUUCGACUUGUCGUCCUGACAGACACUACUGGCGGUAUCAACUCCGUUGAGAGGGAAUUGGAGGCCCUGGGGAGGAGGAGGGCAGGAGUCCUUUCUACGGAAGCAGCUGGGGGUCAGGAGUUCCCCUCAAUGCCUGGCCUCUCAGGCAGAAUCAAACCUGAGCCAGCUGCCUCAGCCCUGACCACAUCUACAGCCCACGCGGCUGUUGAGUCUCAACCAGUGUCCUCUGAGGCUAAACCUGUAGAGGAAAUCUUGGCCCCUGGAACUCUAGAAGCAAUUGCUAUGUCAUCACCACAGCCGUCUCCUGAACGUGGACCUGAGCGGAAGUUCAUCAAGGCCUCCACGUUGCGUGAGACAGCCCCUGCCUCUGCUACACCGGAGAAAAUCGUUGCUGCUAAACCAACACAGUGUUUAAUUAGAACUUCCCUUUACCCCAUAUUUGUAAGACCUCCAUGCCUGUUAUGUCACACCUCUAGUCCCACUGUCCAGAUACCAGUGCCUGGCCGGAGGGAUGGCCACUCCAGGCCAGAGGCAUCCUCAUCUGUGGCGUUGGCUCCAAGAACCUCCUUAGGACUGCCUACCUUUCCAUGUACGCCUAACACACUGAAGGCUACAGAGCCCCUGUUGCUUUCAUCUUCUGGGAGUUCAGGGCUGGACCUCACCUCCCAAGCCUUUACUGUGGGCUCCAGGUCAUCUGAAAACACUGUAGCUUUGGGCACACGCCCAGUAUUCAGUGGUACUUCCAUGCUGCUGUUGCCCUCAGCAACAUCGCCUUCACAUCCAUCCUCCCUCUACUCCCCACGCCGUUUGUCAGCAUCGCCUCCGUCUUCAUCUCCACCACCUACCUCUUUUUCGUUCUUCCCUCUACCAUCCUCAGUACCGGUCCCAGGUUUCUCAGUCGCCAGAGGAGCCAGGAACUCUCCUAAACCUUCCGUGUCUGUGACUGCACUCUCAACUACAGACUCUUCCAUCAGAAUCUCAAACCUUGCACCCCUUAGGGCCCUACAACCCAGCCGCCCCAGGCCUUGGCUUCCUACUGGCCCAAUCCACAUGUCCACCCUCCCCCUCCAACACUUUUCCAAGCCUCCCUCUGCCCCACAUAGCUUUACAAAGUCAUCUGGGGAUCCUGAUCCUACCCAGUCCUCUCCCCUGCCUCAUCCUGGCCAGGAUGUGUCUUUGCAGGACUUGAGUUCCUCCACUCCAGGACCUAGUCACGUGACCCGCUCUGUGACCUUCAGGAUCACAACAGCUGUCUGGAACCCGGUACCCAUGGAGCGCCUGCUGUUGAAUAGGCUUAUCUGCUACCAGCUCCAGCUCACCUACCAUGAGGUCUUCUCCAGCUUCAAGAAUGUCAGUGCUCUGCUGUUUCGGCCUGGUUCUACAAGAGUGAAAGCCUCCCUUGUGUUUGGCCUGCCUGAUCCCUCAGCCCUAGAAAUCCUCUGGGCUUUGUAUCGCAAAGUGAAGUCCUCCAGAUGGUCACUUGGGCACCUGUCCCUGGCUGACCACAGCCUUUCCUCUGAUGGGUACAACCUGACAGACCUUAUGCGGGAAACCAUCAACAUCAGUUUCACGCUCAUGAGGCCCUUCCUGCCUCAGCUGCUGCUGCCUGGCUCUCAACCUUUUAUCCUGUUGGAAAAGCACGUCCUCCAGCUGGUCACUCAUGAGGUGUCAAGAUUCUACAAGGCUGAUCCCCAGGACCGGCCCCUGCUCCUAUUCAGCAACGCGAAGGAGUGGGUGAGCAUUUACAUGGAAUACAAGUUCAAGAGGCCCAUCCCCACCCACCUGCAAGGCCUGGCCAGUCACCUGGCCCGUCGAAUAACAGAUCCCACCCUCCAGAAAUCCAGCAUGGUGGCAAAUGGGAAGAAAGCAGAUCUGGUGCUUUAUGAGACGUGGCUUCUGAUCCUGGGUCACCCUUUCACCAAAGCCUUGGAGAACAAGACUAGUUUUGAGUCCCAGGAGCUUCGUGGACUGCUGACAAAAUGGCUAACCUCAGCCCUCCAGCCUCUACAGAACUUUGGUCAAGUGGUGGUGGAGGAAUUCCGGCAGGAACCAUUGAGUGCCAGAGUACAAGCUGCCUUCUUCGGGGCUGCACCAACCCUGGCCAUCAUUCAAGACCACAUGCGCCAAGCCUUGGGCUCCCUGCAAGACACUGAAGGUCUCCAGUUAGAGAUGUCCACCCCAGUCCUUGGCACCCCCAGCUCCAGAGCCUCGAGAGGCCCCAGCUGUGGGCUUGUACUGAACCUCCAGUUCAUCACAUCUCUCCUUGUUCUGGUUUCCAUGCCCCUGAAAGGGUCUGGUUAG